UUUUUUUUUUUUGGAGUGCCAACUUGCUGCGAGUGCUGCACGGCGGCAGUGACUCCAACUUACUUCGCAACAAGCAGCAGUUUGGCGGCAGCGUCUCCACCUCAGACAUGAGCGCGGAAUAAAAAUAGCAAGGGAUUGCAAUGGGAAAAGAGCCCGAACAUCCAUUGGUCUCAUCUGAAGUUGGAUGUGGAGCACACGGAUGGCCUCGCUUGUAAACAUUGUGCGGUGCUGUGCUGAGUGCGUCUGCCUCACCGUCGGCUCCCUACCAGAUUCCAUCUGCCGGAUGUGAGCCUUUUUUUCUUCUAUUGAUGCGACCAGUGGUGCUGGUCGUCAUGGGAUGCGGCGCCUCUGUUGCCAUAGAGACACACUCGGCAAGGGUUGAGACAGCUAUGAAGGCAGCUGUGCUGAUCCAGCGCUGGUACCGGCGCUACAUGGCCCGUCUGGAGAUGAGGCGAAGGUACACGUGGAACAUCUUCCAAUCCAUCGAAUAUGCCGGUGAACAGGAGCAGCUACAGCUGUCCGGUUUCUUCAGCUUCAUGCUCGACAAUUUCACUCAGUUGAAUGGAGACAGGCCAGAUCUGAUUUCCCAGCUUCUGGAGCCUGUCGUUGACCCCCGGUUAGACCGAGAGGCGUGCUACGACUCCAUCCACGUUCCAGAGUCAUACAUCGGACCGCGACUGUCAUUUCCCCUCUCGGUGUCGGACACAAACGCACUUCUGAGCGCCUUCAAAGAUCAGCGGACUCUCCACGCCAGAUACGUGCUGCAGCUACUCUACGAGACCAAGAAGCUCCUCAAACGGAUGCCCAACGUCGUCCAGCUGUCGACGUCGUACACCACGGAGAUCACAAUAUGCGGUGAUCUUCAUGGGCGACUUGAUGACUUACUUCUUAUAUUUUAUAAGAACGGCCUUCCUUCUGCUGAGACGCCGUACGUGUUUAACGGAGACUUUGUGGACCGGGGGAAAAAGUCCAUCGAGGUGGUCACCCUGCUAUUUGCUUACCUGCUACUUUACCCCGACUACAUGCAUCUGAACCGAGGAAACCAUGAGGACCACAUCAUGAACCUCAGAUAUGGGUUCACAAAAGAGGUCAUGCAGAAGUACAAGGCUAACGGAUGUCAGAUCUUGCAGCUUUUUCAGGACGUCUUCAGUCUUCUGCCCGUUGCCACAGUGAUAGACGGGAAGGUCCUAAUUGUUCACGGGGGCAUAUCCGAUCAGACUGACCUAGACUUCCUCAGUGCCCUUGACCGGCACAAGGUUCAAUCAGCCCUGAGGCUUCCCAGACGCAGUUUGGAACAGCUGCACAUCGGUCAGUCCCUCAAGCAGACGAAGAGAACGAGAGCGACGGACACUUCUCGCAGUCACGCUAAAAACCAAAGAACCCCCAACCUGAGAAGAAGAAGUUCCAGAAUGAAGCGGCGAGACAGCUCGGCCUCCCCUUCUUCCUCGUCUUCCUCCUCUUCUUCCUCGUCUUCCUCGCUCUGCCCCCCACAAACUCCGUCGUGCUCCUCGCCUCAUCCGUUCCCGUCCUCUCCCAAUAUGCCGUGCGACAUCGACAUCCUCCAAGUGCCUUUCCUGGAUUCUGCGAUGUCCAUUCCGUCUCCUUUGCCUCCACAAAAUGAGCAGGAAUGGAAACAGAUGGUCGACAUACUUUGGAGUGACCCCAAAACCCAAGAAGGCUGCAGCCCCAACACAUUCAGAGGCGGCGGGUGCUACUUCGGCCCCGACAUCACGCGGCGAUUGCUGCUCCAACACGGCCUGCAGCUGAUUAUCAGAUCCCACGAGUGUAAACAGGAAGGUUAUGAGCUGUGUCACGGCGGACAGGUCAUCACCAUCUUCUCUGCAUCCAACUAUUAUGAGGAGGGAAGCAACCGAGGCGCCUACAUCAAACUGGGGAGAGAUCUGACGCCACGCUUCUACCAGUACCAAGUCAGCCGCUCAACACGCAAACUCACAUUGACUCAAAGAGUUCGAGUUGCUGAGAGCUCCGCUCUCCGGGCCCUAAAAGAGAAAGUGUUCGCCCAUCGGUCUGACCUCAUUUCAGGCUUCCAGAAGUAUGACCAGAAUAAUACUGGCAGUGUGACGGUCAGUGAAUGGGCUCAGGUGUUGGCGUCCGUCUUGAGGCUGGACCUGCCAUGGAGGACGCUCUGUCCGCAUUUAGCUCACCUGGCACCAGACGGCAAUGUGGACUAUUGGUCCUGCUUUGAGGAUAUGGGACCCGGGAUACAGCUGCCUCAGGUCACACCAAACCUGGCAGAGACUCUGUUUCGAUACAGGACAGACAUUGAGAUCAUAUUUAACAUUAUAGACAAAGACCAUUCAGGUCUCAUUUCCAUCGAAGAGUUCCGUCAUACCUGGCGCCUCUUCAGCGCUCACCUGGGGGUGGACAUCACCAACGGAGCCAUUGAUGACCUGGCUCGAAGCAUCGACUUCAACAAGGACGGCAGUAUAGACUUCACGGAGUUCCUGGAGGCUUUCCGCGUUGUGCACAAGCUGGACAACAAGGAUCAGCAACUCAAGAUAGAUAGAGCGUAGGAUGCUGACCUUUUGCUAUGAGAUGGUUUGUCUUUUAUCUGGAAAUGUAUUAUAUUAACUCAUUCACUGCCAGCCUUCGCAGUUAACAUGGACAUUUGACUUCUAAAGCCGUCAAUGGCAGCGACUGUGUUAAGAUUUUCUGAACUGUUGAUGAUGAUUAUUCAUUGUGCAAUGUACAGUACAUGUAAAAAUGUACAAAAAGUUAAAGGGGCUUCUGGGGGAAAUUUUAGGAUGAACCUAACCUUCAUAGGUGAACUUAAUACAAAGGAUGUUUCAGUAUUGUUUUGCACAACUUGCUGUUCUCUAACAAGCAGCUGAAUGGCAAAAUUCACAAGGGUUUGAUCCAUGACUUGACAAAUAAAUGUCCUGGUUCUGUCGUAGAAUUGGCAUUUCAACAGUCCUCUGAAUCAUGCAAUCGUGACGACACGUAACAAUCGAUCGACAGUGCCUCGCCAUUGUGAGAUUUCAAACAAGAAAGGGAAGUGGCCAUCAACAAAUUCCAACAGAGAUACAGAAAGACUGGAAGCGUCACAGAAAGGUAUACAAGUGGACAGCUAUAAUGAACAGGAAGGAAGUGAGCGAGGACCCAAAUGGAAGACUGUAAGGCGAAAGCCACUUCCAAAAGCACAGUUUAAUAAACAGGCUGGAGUCCGUAUACUGGUAUGUGUGUUAAAAAAAUGGGAGGCAAAAAAAAGGUGAGGUUAAUAAUCAAACAGAGUUGAAGUGGCGAGAACAAGGAAUGCUGAAAAUGUGACAAGGUACAAGGAACCGGUGAUGAGACACGAGGUUAAAUGCAUGAGGUAAUCGGGGAUAACGAAAGGUUCUUGUGCGUUUUAGGUUCAUCAUGAAAUUUCACCUGAAAGGCCAACAUGCUUAUUAUUAUUAUUAUUAUUUUUUUUUAGGAGUAGUGUAUAUUCAAGCUUAGAAAUAAGGACCUUUUUGCUGCGAAUGAGGAAAUAGGGCUCACCCCUACAUUUCCCUGAUAGUAUGUACUGUUGCGCCUUUAAAAAUUCAGUCACGCCCA